GAAGCAGGGAUUAAGGAGCAGCCUCUUUGCUGUCAUGGCAAUGAAAUGCAUGGCAGAGAUAAGGGAGCAGAGCCGAUUAAGGCGAUAGGGUGGUUGCCCAAGGUACGUGACUCUCAUCCCUCAGGCACCUGACGAGCACCGUGACCUGGAAUAACUCCGGGAUUGUGCCUCCAGCUUCUGCCAAGUGUUUAUGGAGUGAGCAAAAUCCAGUGUUCAUGGGCUAUUUCCCUAGAGAGAUAAGAGAAACAGAAUGGAAAUCUUAUACUGGGUACUGCAAUGGCUGCAGGAGUUUUGCUGCAAAAUGAACUCCCAUACUCUUCGUUGAUCGAGAGCAGUGUGUACCUUGCAAAUAUGAGUUCAGGAGGCUCGAGGCGCCCGACGGCCAAGUACACGAAGGUGGGGGAGCGGCUGCGGCACGUCAUCCCCGGGCACAUGCAGUGCUCCAUGGCCUGCGGGGGACGGGCCUGCAAGUACGAGAACCCCGCUCGCUGGAGCGACCAGGAGCAGGCCAUCAAAGGCCUCUACUCCUCCUGGAUAACAGAUAACAUCCUGGCUAUGGCUCGACCCUCAACAGAAUUAAUUGAAAAGUACAACAUUAUUGAGCAGUUUGAAAGAUAUGGCAUAAAAACCGUAAUUAACCUCCAGCGUCCUGGGGAGCAUGCGAGCUGUGGGAAUCCUCUGGAACAAGAGAGCGGCUUCACCUACCUUCCUGAAGCCUUUAUGGAGGCUGGAAUUUAUUUUUAUAAUUUUGGAUGGAAGGAUUAUGGAGUGGCAUCUCUCACUACUAUACUUGACAUGGUAAAAGUGAUGGCUUUUGCCCUGCAAGAGGGGAGGGUGGCUGUUCACUGCCAUGCAGGACUUGGGAGGACAGGUGUUCUAAUAGCCUGCUACUUAGUUUUUGCCACAAGAAUGAGUGCUGAUCAAGCAAUUCUUUUUGUCAGAGCAAAAAGGCCUAAUUCCAUCCAGACCAGGGGGCAGUUACUGUGCAUCAGGGAAUUCACUCAGUUCUUGGUUCCCCUGCGAAAUGUGUUUGCCUGCUGUGAGCCCAAGGCUCACACAGUGACCCUGUCCCAGUACCUGACCCGGCAGAGGCAUCUGCUCCACGGCUACGAGAGCAGGCACCUCAAACACGUGCCAAAGCUGGUUUACCUGGUCUGCAAAUUGCUGCUGGACUUGGCUGAAAACAGACAGGUGGUCGAGGCAGAGCUGUUGGACAUCCCAGACCUCUCAGCUGAGAUCGAGAAGGCUGUUUCUCAGUUGGUGUCCACACAGCUCGACCAAGACCUUGCCAGGCAGGACAGCGAGAUGUCAGACUCAUCCCACACCCACUCCUCUGCUUUUGAGACCCAGGAUUCUCACUGCUCCCUGGGUCACGAGUGUGAUUCUUUCUGUAAAAGAAGGAAUGUCGAAUGCCUUCAGCCUCUUACUCAUCUGAGAAGGCGUCUAAGCUACAGUGAGUCAGAUUUAAGGAGAACUGAGUUUCUUUUAGAGCAAGACAACACUGUCUGGACAGUGCCUGCUCAGAUAUUGCAGUGCAACAAGCUCAAGCAGAACAGUGGUGAGGAGUGUUCUGCCCCAGGUGAGCCGAAGCCCCAGGUGGAGUUACACAAAGAAGCCUUAGUGCGCAACACGUGCAUGUUCUGGAGCCAGGGCAGGUUCAAUCUGGACGGAUGGAAAGAUGGGUCCUCACUGUACCACAGGAGGAGCUCCACCAAAGAAGUCCAACGCAGCAGAACCUUCUCUUCAGGCCUGGCCUCCAUCCACAACGCCAGGGAACCCGGAAUGCCGAGGCACAGCUUGGCCAAGGAGGCUGGUCCCAGGAGGGACCACAAGACUAACAUGUAUGGCAGGACAGUCUACGCCUCCGAGGACUCUGAUUCUUCUUCUUCUUCCAAAGUGAACUUUUCCAUUGGAUAUGAAAGCCAAGGUAGCAGAGAUGUGUCGGAGACAAUUCCACACAUUAUUGUGCAGUCAGAAUUAAGUCUGGAAGCCCGAAGAGUUUUGGCAGCGAAAGCACUUGCAGAUAUAAAUGAAUUUCUGGAAGAAGAUGAAGUGAAGCAGAAGGUAGAAACAUGGCAGAAAGAACUGAAUUCUCGAGAUGGAGCUUGGGAUAAAAUCUGCACCGAGAGAGAUCCUUUUAUCCUCUGCAGCUUGAUGUGGUCCUGGAUAGAGCAGCUUAAAGAACCUGUUAUAUCCAAAGAUGAUGUUGACAUGCUGGCAAAAAAUUGCACAGAAUCACAGGAAGCACUCUACUUGCUGAGAAAGGAGCAAUGUCAGACUAUCCUUUGUAUUUUACACUGUGUGGUGAACUUGCAGAUGCUGCCAGGUGAUGUGGAGGAGGCCUUACUUGCUCGUGCUAUUAAAGCUUUCACCAAGACGAGCUUCGAUUCUGAAAAUGGACCAUAUGUUUACAAUACCUUGAAAAACGUAUUUAAACAAACACUGGAAGAAAAAAGGAAAAGGAUUAAGGAAGGAAUAGAGAACCCUUCUUGAUUUCUACAAGCUCUGCUGAAGCAUUAGAUGGGCCUACCAAAUUAUUUUGCAUUUUCCAGCUACUGUAUUUUGUGCUACCUGGCAUGAUCUACCUAACUUUAGGUAAUUGUUAUUAACAAAUAAUUUUAUUUUUUUAGAGGGAGUUUUAGUGACAGUUGUUCAAUCUACACAGUUUUAAAGAAGAGCUCCUGUGUGACCAUCCUCUGUAGCAUUUGGUUUUCAGGCACUGUGCUUUUGUAUUGUGAAGGGUUCUCCUGUUCUCAGAUGUGUUUAUUGAUUUAGAAACCUCUGUUGUUGGCAAGAAACAUUAUUUUCAAGUUACACCAUUGCCAUAAGUUCAGUGCCAUGAUAUGCAAAGGUUGGAUGAAUUGAGUUAAUAUUUAUGGUUACAUAUGUUUACAUUAAUGUUAUUUCAUUUUACUUUGCAGAAAAUAAAUAUUGGCUGAACCAUUGAAGCUGCUUUUCCUUUUAGAAAUUUUAAAAUAAGGCAAAGAGUAAUAAUGGACAGAUCUCGAGGUCUGCCAUUGACAGCAGGCAAUAUUUUCCUUUAGAUCUCGUAAAUAACUGUAACCAAUGUGUUUCUAAAAGGUGUUGCAGGAGAGAAACACAUUGUGUUGAGUAUUAGUUAUCAAGCCUUUAAUUUAGACUUUUUCUGGCUAAGAAAGCUUUAAACAGUUUUUAACAGGAAAUGGACUGUGGCAAUUUAAGUGCUUGGAAUAAGAGUAAAACGUUACCUUAUUAGCUAAACUUUUAUUGAUCUUAAAUGAAAAACCACUUCAUUGUGAAAUCUUAAUAAGGAUAUAAUUCUGUCCAUACUUAUGUUCAGCAAAAACUUGCAUAAAUAAAUGUAACAUAAUAAUACUAAAAAUAAUUAACCAAAAACUUAUUAUCCGCAAUACACUUUGUAGAGACCUUUUUAUCUAAUAAGACAGAAACAACUGGAACAUCAUCAUAACUGCAGUUUUGGAUUACAGCCUUUGGCUUUGGACUGGAAUGCCAGUUUGCAGGAUCAACAGUUUAUCCAGUUUGAUAUAUUUAAGUAGUUAAACAAGAAUCUGUCCUUUUCCAAAAUAUUUUUAUUCAUUAAUGUAAAUGACUAAUAAUUAGAGAUAAAAAUAGAGCGGUUUGAAAUAGAUAUAAAUUAUACAUGCUUCAACUCUUGCAUGAUUUUAUAUGAAAUUCAGAUCCAUACAAGUACUUUGGCAGAAUCAUCCUAAAAUAAGCACACUUGAAAGGAAAAUAUCACAUGUGAAUCACAUACACAAACCCAGCUUUGUAAAGAGGGAAGGCAACAUGACAAGCAGUUUCACAUCAGCAUGCCUUAGCAGUCAGGCUUGGGAACACUGAAAUGCAUUUGCAAGUGUCUUAGUUUCCCAAGAAAUUCUUUGAGUUUAUUACAGUUAACAGCUCCAAAGAGCCAGCACCAAUUCCUGGUGCUAUUUACUUUAGCUGUGUAUUUUAGCUUUUUAUUUCUACACCCCAAUACACUUGGGGUGCAGAAACCAGGUCAGUUUUGUUUAAGUCAGUGUAAUGAACAAGGGCUUUCACAAAUCAUUAGCUCCAGCUAGAAUAACCUUUCUGAAGUUAAUGUCAGGUGUUGGCAUUUGAAAAAUUACCAACACACAGCCCAUGUAAAUGGAUGGUGUAGAACUGGGCACUUCUUUAUCUAGUACGUUUUUUGGUUCACUGACAAGUGUGUUUACAAUUAUGGCCAAACUGGCCACCACAUCUGGUUGAACCCAUCAUGGAUAAAACCAAAAAUAGUCCAUCUGAACGAAUACUCAAACUUAAAAACUUAAAUAGCAGCCUCUUAAUUAAUUUGUGACCCAAGUGAUGCAAAUAGGGGUGACCCAAUUGUAGCCUUCCAGUACCUGAAGGGAGCCUACAAGAAACAUGGAGAGAGACUGUUUAUAAGGGCUUCAAAGUGACAGAAAAUAGGUUUAGGUUAGAUAAUUAGGAAGAAGUUCUUCCCUGUGAGGGUGGGGAGGCCCUGGCACA